AGAUAUCGAGGAAAAGACAUAACAUAACAACACAAAUAGAAGGCAAGGGAAGUAUAAUAAUAAUACUACGUCUCCUUUGACUGUAGACAUUAUCAAACAGCCACCUUAAAAUCUCUCUCACUAUUCGCAAUUCCAAUUCUCGUGAACUCCAUUCAUUGCUUUUCCCUUUCUCACUUCUGCCCAAAUUCCAUUCCCACAGCCUACCAAUUUCAUUCACUUUGUUUUGGGUGAUGAGCGCUUGAAGAGAUGCUGCCCGGGAGAAAGAAGGGGGUGGCGGCGGAAGACGCCAUAAGGGUCAUUGGGUUGGGAUAUGAUCUUACCAACGAUCUCAGGCUCAAAUUCUGCAAGAAUCAUUCCAGACUCAUCGCUAUGGACGAUGACAACCUCCGAACUGUGGAACUCCCUCCUCGGAUUUCUAUCCCUAAUGUCCCCAAAUCCAUCAAGUGUGAUAAAGGCGACCGCAUGAGACUGUGCUCCGAUGUUCUCUCUUUUCAGCAGAUGUCAGAGCAGUUCAACCAGGAGUUGUCUCUGUCUGGUAAGAUUCCAACGGGCCAUUUCAAUGUUGCAUUUGGGUUUACAUCAGUUUGGCAAAAGGAUGCUGCCGAUACCAAGACUCUUGCUUUUGAUGGUGUAUCCAUCACACUCUACAACAUUGCAUUUGAGAGGGCACAGCUAGUUCUUCAAGAUCAUGUCAAACGAGCUGUUCCUUCAUCCUGGGAUCCGGCUGCCUUGACAAGAUUCAUCGAGAAGUAUGGAACUCAUGUUAUAGUUGGGGUGAAAAUAGGAGGAACUGAUAUAAUCUAUGCAAAGCAGCAGUACUCAUCUACUGUCCAACCUGCCGUUGUACAGAAAAAGUUGAAGGACAUGGCAGAUGAAUUCUUCGUUGGUGGGAGGGUUAAUGAAAAGGCAAAGGACAAUGCUCUAGGUUUUAUGGAUAUUCAAGCUGGUUCCUACUAUGAAUCAGAGGUGCAGGAUAUCAAGUUCAUGUGCAAGAGGAAAGGUGGAAAUGGGAAAAAAUCUUUAUCUCAUAGUGAUUGGUGCCAAACUGUUUUGUCUCAACCUGAUGUGAUAUCAAUGUCAUUUGUACCAAUUACAUCUCUACUUGGUGGAAUAAAUGGAAGUGGAUAUUUAACUCAUGCAAUGAACCUCUAUUUACGAUAUAAACCACCAAUAGAUGAACUACAUCAAUUUUUGGAGUUCCAGCUUCCAAGGCAAUGGGCCCCUGUAUUUGGUGAGCUUGCCCUUGGUCCUGAAAGGAAGCCUCAAAAUACUGCAUCUCUACAGUUCAGUUUCCUGGGUCCUAAGCUCUAUGUAAAUACAACACCGGUUGACGUGGGAAAUAAGCCUGUGACAGGCCUUCGAUUGUAUUUGGAAGGAAAGAGAAGUAACUGUUUGGCAAUCCAUUUACAGCACCUCUCCUCUUUGCCCAAAACCUUCCAACUCCAGGAUGAGCCUAAUGGGAAUGCAUCCAAUGACUCUUCAGAACGUAAGUACUAUGAGAAAGUUCAGUGGAAGAGUUUCUCUCAUGUUUGCACCGCUCCUGUUCAAUCAGAUGAUGAACAUGCUGUUGUGACUGGUGCUCACUUCGAAGUUGGAGAUACUGGUCUUAAGAAAGUUCUAUUUCUAAGACUUCAUUUCUCUAAAGUUGUCCAUGCAACCAGGGUCAAAGAACCUCAAUGGGAUGGUUCUCCUGGCUUGACCCAGAAGUCUGGAAUAAUCUCAACAUUGAUCAGCACUCACUUCUCAGGUCCACAAAAGCCACCGCCACCACGGCCGUCUGAUGUGAACAUCAACUCAGCUUUAUAUCCUGGGGGACCUCCUGUGCCUACUCAGUCACCCAAACUUCUAAGGUUUGUUGACACAACUGAAAUGACAAGAGGGCCACAAGACUUUCCUGGCUACUGGGUUGUUUCUGGGGCAAGGCUUUUCGUGGAGAAGGGAAAGAUAUCACUUAAAGUAAAAUACUCUCUUUUAACCGUGAUACCUGAUGAAGAAGUGGGAAAUUUUUGAAAUUAUCAAAUGAGGGAUUGUAGAAAGAUGGUCUCCUCAGUUAAAAUUCAAUGAAAUGGACGUGUGUAUAUAAUAGUAACUGAUUCUUUUUCUGUGUACAUUUGCCAUUAUUUGUGUAUACCUGCACUGCAGAUACCUUUGGAAUUCUUUGUUGUAGUUUUGGGAAAGGCUUGUGUAGUCAUGCCCGUUGCAUUUUUUCUGCCUGACUGUUUGAAUCUAUUCCUGUGUCAGUGACUUCUAUGCAGUAGUUCCACUUUAACUUUAAUCUCAAGACAAUGAGGGACAUUCAUUUCA